AUGAUUCUGAUUCCAUUUCUAUUAUUCUCCGCUCUUUCUGCACCACGCGAUGCUAUGGGACAUAGAUCUCGUAGACAUAGAAAGUCACGUAUAGAGCAAGGAAGCGAAAAUCCUAUUUCUCAUCAAGAUUUCAAUUUUGAUAUGCCUCAAGAUGGAAGUUUCGACCAAAUUGAUGACUCAUUCCCCAACACAGACUUAAGACAAGAUGGAUCUCGUGUUUGCAAGAAAGGUUACAUUUCAGAUUCUACUAUUGAUAAGAGAGGAUGCUGGAAAUGCGAUAAAGAGUGCGAUUCAGUCAGUCAAUGCUCAUAUCCAGGCAAUUGCAUUGCUAGAAUUCCAAAAAUUAAUAAUUAUAACGUUAAAAACAUCAACAAAUCCAAUUUUGUUGUUGUUAAUUACAGAAUUCCUAAUUUCUACUUCAAGAAAGAUCCAAAGCAGGCUUUCUGCAAAUAUGAUGAUUCAGUUGUUGAAGCAACAGUUGUUAACGUCAAACAGAUCUUCUGCCCAUCAAUAGAUUCUCCAUUUACAAAGCUUGCCAUCUCCUUUGAUCAGCAGAGCUGGUCACCAAUCCAAGGAGCAAAUCAGCAAAAGUCAAGCGGUUUACCAUACAUCAUCAUCGGUAUCGUUAUCGGUGUAGUCAUUGUUGGUUUGGCCGGAUUCGCUUUUCUCCUCAAGAACAAAAAAGUUUCAAAAGCUCCUCAUAGAGAAAGCAAUUCCAAGCCAUUAGCUUACUUCCCAACUGUUGAAGAUGGCGAGAAGAAGCCUUCAUACUAUUAA